AUGGGUGCGUGCAAUUGUAUGGGUCCUAAAAAAGAGGAAGGAGGAGUUUUAAUAGAAGAAAGAAACGAUGCACUUCUCAAACAUCAAACUCAGCAAGAAAAUGCAAACGUAGAACCUGUAGUGCUUCCAUCUCCUCCUAUAAUAACAGUAAUUGAGCCUGCUAUCACUAAGCCAGCUCUUAAUCCUCUUCAAGCGCAAUCAGCAGUAAGAGGAUAUUUAUCAAGAAAACUAUUUGUGAAAGAAUCCAGAAAUAAAACUUCAGAAGCAGCUCAAGCCUCAAUGAAUUAUCCAGAAUUAAAUGAAGUUCCCGCAAACCUCUUAAGUAGUCAGGCAAAAGAAGUCUAUGAAAGAGCAGGUCCUUAUGCAUUUGAUGCUGCUCAGCUACCUGGGGUUACUUGGAGAGGGCCAACAAAACUUCCAGAUGGCAGUGUAUAUGUCGGAGAAUGGAACGAUAGAGGUCAACCUCAAGGAAAAGGCACGAUGUAUCACACAGAUGGAGGUAUUAGUGAAGGCAGCUGAAAAGCUGGAAAACUCCAUGGGAAAGGUAGAAAAAUCAAUCCAGCUGGAGAUAUGUACUUAGGAGACUGGGUUGAAGGGAAAAUGAAUGGCAAAGGCCUCAUGGAAUACUGUGUAAGUAAAAAUAUCUACGAAGGAGAAUGGAUUAAUGACAAACAGGAAGGCUUUGGCUCUGAAAAAUGGCCAGAUGGGUCAAAGUUCGAAGGAAACUACAAAGAUAACCUCAAAAAUGGACAAGGAAAAUUUGUAUGGGCUGAUGGGAGUCACUAUGAAGGCGGGUUCGUUAAUAAUGAAAUUGAAGGGACAGGAAAAUAUGUGUGGACUAAUGGAAGAGAAUAUGAAGGGGAAUGGAAAUCCAAUAAAAUGCAUGGAAAAGGAAAGUUUAAAUGGGAUGAUGGAAGAUAUUAUGAAGGAGAUUAUGUAAUGGACCAAAAAGAAGGAUAUGGCAUUUUUGGAUGGCCUAAUGGAAAGAGAUAUGAAGGACAUUGGCUGAAUGGGAAGCAGCAUGGAGAAGGAACACUUUAUAAUGAGCAAGGAAAAGCGAGAAAAGGGGUCUGGGAAAAUGGAAAACUAGCAGAUAAAGGAAAGAAAAAGGGGGAAAAACCGACUGAAGUUGCUUAA